AUGGACAUUAAACUUAAAAGACUCGCUGUCACCAAGGGUUACAUCAACCGCUUCUGGGAGAACCUCCUCAAGGUUGGCAAGGAGAAGGCCACCCAGGCGUAUCUCAAGGCCCGAUUGGCUCUUCUGGAGGACUACUGGCGGCGCUACGAGGAAGGGCAUUACGACCUUGUAGGAUCGAAAGACGCUGAAGUUGAAGCCUACUUUAAUAGUGAUGCCUACUCUACAACGAAGGACAACUACGUGCUAUUUAAAUCACGGGUUAACGCUCUGAUCAAGGAUGAUCCGCCAGCGUCAGGGCGCGACGCCUCUGGCUCUGUGGCGUCCUUUGCCAAGCAAAUCCAAUUGCCAAAGUUAGACCUGCCUUCCUUUUCCGGGGACCCGUUAGCAUGGGAGAGUUAUCGAGAUCUGUUCCUGUCUCUGGUCGGCGAUGUCCCGGACCUGGCCCCGGUGCAAAAGCUGCAAUAUUUAAAAACGACUCUUUCAGGCGAGGCCGCUGAGACUGUCGCAAACAUGGAGAUGACCUCCGCGGGAUUUGACCUCGCGUGGUCCGAGCUGAAGUCGCGGUACGAUAAUCGGCGAGUCUUGCUUGCCUCUCACAUGCGCGCUUUCCUCGGCAGCUCGGCGGUCACAAAACCGUCCCCAGCAGAGCUCAAACGAUUAAGCAGUUCGGUGAUGCGAGUCAGAAGAUCGUUCGAGUCCCUAGGACGCCCGGUCGCUUACUGGGACGAUUGGUUCGUUCACGUCGUCGUUGAGAAAAUGGACCCAUCAUCGCGCCUCUUCUGGGAGGCCUCCCUGAAGACCACUACGGACUUCCCGACUCUCACGCAGCUGCGGGAGUUUCUGCAGACGCGUAUCCAAUCCCUGAAGGCGGCCAAUGUCAAGGCCAGCCCGCAACCGGCUGCUUCAGGUAAACCAGAGAAGAAAAAGGUGAGCGCACUUGCUACAUCGACUACGGGCAAGUCAGCGAAUCGCUGCAGCCUUUGUCAAGGCAAUCACCUCUGCAAUUAUUGCCCGCGCUUUAAGGCGCUCUCGGUGCCGCAGCGACGGGACCACGCUAAGAAGCAGGGGGCGUGCUCUAACUGCCUUAAGCUGAACCACGCAGUGAGCGACUGUCCGUCUGACCUCCGGUGCUUGCGCUGUGGUGACAAGCACCACACAUUGUUACAUAUUCCAGAUGCCUCCUCCGCUGGCGGCGCUGACUCUGCGGCCAAGGAAAAGGACGCUGGAUCUGGUGCGGUGGCGUCUUCUAGUUCGGCGGUGACAGCCAACGUAGCGGUUCUCACCAGCCAGUCCGGGGGUCAGGUUUUACUCUCGACGGCGCAACUGAUCUGCUGA